UGGACGCACCGUGGGCCAUCGCGUGACAGCUGCUCUGCCCAUUAGACGAGUCAUGUCGGAGCAGUUAGCUACCGUGGCGGCCAUGUCGUGUAUGAAGAUGCUGCUGAUGCUCUUCAACGUCUGCUUCUGGGUCAGCGGCCUGGUGAUCCUCGGCAUCGGCAUCUGGAUGCAGAUCAGCCUCUACAAGUACGUGGAGGUGUCGCCCGAGUUCUCCGCCUCCGUGCCGUACGUGUUCAUCGCCAGCGGUGGACUCAUCAUCCUGCUGGGCACCUUCGCCUGCUGCUGCACCGUCAAGAGCCAGCCCGUCCUGCUCUACAUCUAUUCGUUCUUCCUGCUGUUGGUGUUCUUCGUGGUGCUGGCCGCCGGCAUCUCGGCCUACGCCUACCGACGCAAGCUCUCCCACGGAUUCCAGGACGGUCUUAGGGACGGUCUUCAGGAGUACGGUGUUAACACGGACAAAAUGGCCGCCAUCGACGCUAUCCAGUCCACGCUCAAGUGCUGCGGCAUCAACGGCACGUCCGACUGGAACAACACGCCGUACGCGCGCUCGCACGGCACGCCCGCCUACCCGGCCUCCUGCUGCGCCAAGUGGGACGACACCCGCUGUACCACCGUCCACGACAGCGGCUGCUACAAGGUGGUGAUGGAUUUCUUCUACACCAACAUUGGCAUCAUCGCCGGCGCUGCGAUUGGACUCGCCUUCUUCCAGGUGAUUGGAAUCACGCUGGCAUGUCUGCUAGCCAAGAACGCCAAGCGGGCCCACUACCAGCAAGUAUGAGGGUCUGCCCACCCCGGCUCGCACGAGCUCGCCCCAGCCAAUGGCCCCAACUGACAACUAGCGCCAUCUCUGACCGACCUGACACGUCACGGCCAACAAUUGUAGGCGGAGAAACCGACGCAGAAACCGCACAUCAGAACCAAGCCAGCCCAACAGAGGAGUGUGCUGCAUCAAUACCCCCAAAUCAGAGCUGCAUUUGGAAUGGUAAAGCUGGAAAAUGCAUGCAA